AUGACUGUCUCUGUUAAUUAUCCAGAAGAAUUUAAAGGUUUUGCCAUUACAGAUCCAAAAGAUUGGGCAUCACCAAAAUUAACUUCAAUUCAACCAAAAAUUUUUGGACCAAAUGAUGUUGAUAUUGAAAUUGAAGCUUGUGGUAUUUGUGCAAGUGAAUUAUUUACUUUAAAAAAUGAAUGGUCUCAUGAUGAAUUAGCAUGUUUAAGUUCAACUUAUGGACCAAAAUGUCAAAUUGUUGGUCAUGAAGUUGUUGGUAAAGUUGUUAAAAUUGGUUCCGAAUGUAAAACUGAUGUUAAAUUAGGUCAAAGAGUUGGUUUAGGUGCUCAAGCUUCAUGUUGUGCUAAAGAAGAUUGUUCAAGAUGUAAUAGUGGUAAUGAACAAUAUUGUCCACAAAGUGUUGGUACAUAUGCUUCACGUUAUCCAGAUGGUUAUGUUUCUCAAGGUGGUUAUGCUUCACAUGUUAGAGCUCAUGAACAAUUAGUUUUCCCAAUUCCAGAUGGUAUUGAAUCUCACCUGGUUGCACCAUUACAAUGUGGUGGGUUAACUGUUUACUCACCAAUUAAAAGAGGUAUUCAAGAUAUUUUGGAUGCUGGUAAAGAACAACCAAAAGUUGGUAUUAUUGGUCUUGGUGGUCUUGGUCAUAUGGCUGUUAUGAUUUCCAAAGCAUUAGGUGCAGAAGUUACCACAUUUUCAAGAUCAAAUGCUAAAAAAGAUGAUGCUUUUAAGAUGGGUACUGAUAAAUUUAUUGCCACUGGUGAAGAUAAAGAUUGGGAAUCAAAAAAUUGGGAUCAAUUUCAUUUAAUUUUAAAUUGUGCAUCAGGUACAAGUGCAGUUGAUUUAGAUAAAUUAUUGAAAACUUUAAAAGUUAAUAGAUCUUUCAUUAAUGUUGGUUUACCUCAUGUUGAUGAAAAAUUUGAAAUUUCUCCUUUUACUUUUUUCAAAAAUGGUUCAACAAUUGGUUCAAGUUGUUUAGGUUCAAGAGCUGAAGCUAUUGAAUUAUUUGAAUUAGCUGCUAAACAUAAUAUUAAACCAUGGGUUGAAACAAUUAAAAUUGGUGAAGAAGGUGUUCAUGAAGGUUUAACAAGAUUAGAUCAAGGUGAUGUUAAAUAUAGAUUUACUUUAGUUGGAUUUAAUGAAUAUUUUGGAACUGGUAAAUAG